UCUCGAUCCAGUUGUGUAAGCAAAACCGCCAUGGCCAAGCGGUUGUUCCGAGCUUUUUCCGCAUGAAACAGAGCAAUGAUAGCCUACCCAUGGCGGACGACAGCUGUUCCUCCUCUUACGCCACCGUCUCAGAAGCCAAAGCCCGAGAACCACCAAUCCACCCACCAACCCCUGCCAGUUCUGUCAACUUUUCAGACGAGAAAGGAUACUGACCACCUUUCGCGUUCUCCCUUUUUUAUGUAGACACCGAGUUCUUCGAACUCCUCGCCCUGAGCACUCUCCGGAGUUCCCCAAUGGCCAGACUCCUCUACAUUCCCUCUGCCACCCUCUUCUUCUUCCUCUCGUUUACUGCGGUGUUGUUCACUGUAGCCUGUGCGGCGGAGGAGGAGGCGUAUGGCUUCCUGCAGAGCCAGAGAGCAGUGAAGAAGCCGGUGCGCGAGAAGCUGAGCCACCUGCGGUUCUACUGGCACGACGUGAUCAGCGGGCCGAGCCCGAGCGCAGUGCGCGUGGCGGAGGCCGCCUCGUCGAACGCGUCGGCCACCGCGUUCGGCGUGGUGGUGAUGAUGGACGACCCCGUGACUCUGGGGCCGGAGCUGACCUCGAGGCUCGUCGGCCGGGCUCAGGGAUUCUACGCCUUCGCCUCCAAGGAGGAGUCGGCGCUGCUCAUGGCCAUGAACUUCGCCUUCGUCGAGGGGAAGUACAACGGGAGCACGAUCGCCGUACUGGGGCGGAACGCGGUGUUCUCCGGCGUGAGGGAGAUGCCGGUGGUUGGCGGGAGCGGGCUGUUCCGGCUGGCCCGCGGCUACGCCCAGGCUAGGACGUACAGCUUCGACACCAACACCGGCGACACCGUCGUCGAGUACAAUCUCUUCGUCACGCAUUACUAGUACAAUCUCUUCCUCGAGUACAACACUGGCGACCGGCGGCUCCGCCCUAUUCACCAGCUUCGUUGUCCUCUGCAAUAAAAUUCGUGCUUUGCCUCUAUCCUUUGUUAUUUGCAAGCCAUGACUCGCAAUUGACACCCCUAAUUUGUCGAU